GUAAGCUCUUCCGCUUGUGGUCUUUUGGUUGCCGACUGUUAGCUCCGUGUUUGCGCCAAACACCGGCAGCCUUAUUGUCGGCAUGAUUGUGAAUGACUCGUAAAACGAUAUUGGCCGCUUUCUUGGAGCUCCACACUUGUAGGGAUCCUUUAGCACCGCGGUGCUUUGUUUUACACUUAACGGAGGUAGCCGAGGGGCCCUACAUCAGCAGCUGGCACAUCUACGCCCAGCCAAGCCAUGCAGAGAGGAGGACAGAGACUCCUCCUGGCUGACGGUGCAGUUAUGGAGCAGGACAGGCUGGAUGACCGGCACUUUUGCUUCUCCUGCGGGCAGAUGUUUCCCAACAGGCUGUUCUUCGAGGAGCACUUGUGCCCCUUUGCAAGUUACAUCUGCUCUUGUGGGAUGGAGUUUUCUUCCUACGUCAACAUGGUGAAGCACAGCAAGACGCACGAACCAGGGCAACAAAUGCUGGAUCACCAGACUAUAAUGAAGCGGCGGUUUGAGAAACAGAGAGAGCAGGAGGAGCAGCUCAGGAGGCUUGAGACAGCCGAGCAGGGUUUGUGGACUUUGCCUGCGUUGGACACUGUGGCAGCUCCUCAUUUGGCGCUCGGGUCCCACUCAAAAAGACCCAUCAAAUCACCUCUGGUGCCACAAGUCCCCAUGCAGUCUCCUCUGAUUUCACAAGUGCCUGUGUUCAACCGCCCGAUGCCACAAGAACUUUUUGUCGCAAGUCCUAAAUCCCCAGCGAUGGAUAUUACUAAACUUUUCGGAGGAUCGGCUUCACCCACAGUGGAUCUUUGGACUCUUUAUCAGCCAGUGGUGAUGGUGAAUACGGUGCGUCAAUUUGACAAGAAAAAGCCAUACAGUUGUAGUAAAUGUGGGCAGUGUUUUUCCACAAAGAACUCUCUCGUUUUCCACCACAAUACUCACGCUAGGGAUAAGGUUUUCGGCUGUCUUGGAUGCGGGUUGCUCCUUUCCAGCAAGAAGUCGGUGCCUCGCUACCAUCAGUGUAACUCGCCCAUCUCUUCCCUCAAAGACAGAAUCAUCAUUGCUAGACCACUCAAUUACAGGAAGACAAGUGAAGCUGUUCCAGUCAGAAAUCCCAGCAUGUCUCACAAAAGGAGUCAGCAGCUUCAGGUCACUCCCUCCUCCAAGGAGCAGCGGUUGAAGCCAGCUACACAGCCCAAGCCCAAAGUUUGGAGGAAACCCACGCAGGCGGCUGCGCCAAGAAACGGGUUCAUGUGUCGAGUGUGUCGCAUACCUUUCGAAAGCGUCCAGCUGCUUCAGAGGCACAAGUGCAUCAAAGCGCAGGAAUUUGUGGAGCAGCAGAUGCUCUCUGGUAAACUGUUCAGCAGGCAAAGGAAAGUCCCGAUAAUGAGAAGUCCAUAUCCGUCCCAAAUAAAUGGAGAGAGUAAACUUGGGACGCCGGCUUCCAGUAACAUAAUGAUAAAUAAAGACGUGGCAUUUAGGCCACCAGACAAAGGGCACGGUACAUAUCCUGUAAAUGACACCACAGAAAUGGAUUUGGAAGACGACUGUUACAUAGUUGAAAGCUCCACAGCCAAAACCGCUGACAUGAUCUACCAGAUAACUUCAUCCUUCCCUGUUAUUAAAACAUGACAGACCUUGAAAAGACUGUCCCACUUUGCGAAUCACAUUUUAUUGACUCGUGGGCAGUGGACCUAGUGUGUAAAGACGGUGAUCUUCUUGAUUAAUAGCAUCUAGUUGUUUUAGUUCAUCCCUCAUUGCAUCAUGAAUACAAUGCUUCCCAGCUUCCUGUUCGGACCAAUUUCUCACCAGUUUACACAGUCGGACGGGUAGUCACAUCAAAGAGUUCAUUUUAAUCAUGCAGGUCAUUUACUUUGGUUGCAGUAAUCAUUCCUCAAUUGUCCAAAUUUGGUGUCUCUACCCUUUCCUCUGACUAGUACAAGUAAAUGAUGUUCAGUAUCAAAACGUAUUUGCAUGGGGUUUGGUUACAUUGGCACUGCGCAGCCACAUAUUGUAUGAUAGUUUUUUUUUUUAAACUAUUAUUAUUAUUAAUAAUAAUUUUUUUUUUUUUUUUUUUUGCUUUUUGUAGUAUGUUCCGAAUUUGUUGUUGACCACAAUGCCUUGUGUUCCUACCGGCUCCAGCUUUGUCACACUUUUAAAGAAUACAGUAGGGCUGAACAAUGCAAUUUGAAAAAAAUAAAUAAAUAAAUAAAAUUAAAAAAAUUGCAAUUAGUUUUACAGAUACUGCAAUUGUGAUAUGAUUCAUGAUUUUAGUAGGAAUGACCAUUUUUGCAUUUUCAUUUUCAUUUUCCCUAAAAAGCUGUUUAAAAAAAGAUGAUGAUGUGAUUUUUGCUGGGGUCUGUACUAGGGCUGUAGUCAACCAAAGAAAAUCUCAGUCGACUAAAGGGAACUAAAUGAGUUCUGUUAAACAGAGUGUUCUGAAAACAGCCCCAUUAGCACUUAAUGCUUUACUCCUGAUAAAAUUAACACAGCAAAUAAUCGACCAAUCAGAUUUUGGUCAACCAAGAACUUAUCGACCAAUAAAUCGACCAGUCGACUAACAGACUACAGCCCUAGUCUGUACCAAACAAACAUGUUUCCUCACAUCUGGAAAACACAUGUGGGCCUGGGCAUCUCUGUAGCACCAUAAUACUUUAUUUACAUUUACUUUUGUUCCAUGAAACCUGUUAUCAGAAAAAAAAGAAAUGCAGCUCCCGCAGUUUGGAUAAUGCACUUGGCCAUAUAUAGAUUUUGAUGAUAUUGUGAUUGAUUGUUCAGCCCAAGAAUACAGUGUACAUAAAGUAUAUUUUGAAACAUGGUGUGUGAGAUCAUGUGAUAAUGCAGCGGAUUUAAUGCAAUGUGUGUUACCUAUCUAUUGUGGACAGGCAAAAUUCAGUAUGUUAGAUAUCAAUUUGGGGUUUUAGUCAUUUUUUAUGAAUUAGUAUGCAAUGUAUACUGUAGAAUAUUGUGAGAUCAGGAAGGGGAGGAGUGUAAAAAUGUAAAUCUCAAAUCUCCAGCAGAGGGCGCACGACGGGACGCUUUUAUGUGUCCACUAAUGAUGAGGUAAGACGUGAAUGGAGAGCCACAGAUGCAGCUUUCAAGUGCUGCUCGUAAACAUCAAAUAAACACCACUUUGCCAUUCAAAUACCCGUGAUCCGUUUCAACACAAGGGCUAAUAUCAGCAAAAUUAACCCUGUGAGGAAAACACACAGGGAGCUGAUGUUUUGUCUUUGAAGCAAAGUGGCGCAAAGUUACAUGGAAACACCGCGUGUCAGGCGUGUGAUUGAGUUUAUUAGCAAAAAAGAUUGAUUGUGUAUAACAUUUUCCCAUCAUCUGUUGACACACCGUGUAUCGACUAAACGUGACAUCUCGUCCACUGGAGUAUCAGAGCUGAUUCCCAGCGCUCCCGGUGGUAGUCACCAGUUUGCUGGUUUGUUUAUGCACAUUUAAGUCAUAAUUGCGGCACUUCCGACAGUAUUUGAAGUAUGCAAGCUAUGCGCGCGACGUGAUUGACGCUCUCUCGGUUUGGCUUUGUGCAUGGAGCUCGCCCACAGCUACUAAGUGUUUUUGAAAUGGAAAAAAAGCAGCCACUUUCUCUGUUACAGUUAAACGAGUAGACUAAUGCACGUUCGUGGAGGGAGAAAAGACAAAGAAACGUAAAAGACGGCGCAUGUGUUGGCGCCGAGCUGCUCGCUGCUAACGCUAGCUAACGUGAGUUGAACAGCCGUCAGUGUAUGGCUACGCAGGGAGGACCACUCUCCUCUACGGGCGAACAAUUUGCGUUUACCAGCAGCCGUCUGAACCGAGUCUUGACAUGGGGAGUAAAUUGUCCUUCAGCAGAGGAAGCAGUGACCAAAAUUCAGUCUCUGAGUUAACUUCUGUGACAUGCCGUCCUCUCAUUCCCUUUCAUGGUUCUACGGACAGUGAACAGAUAGCUGAAGAAAAGGUAUGCAGAGAGGAAGACGGACGUCAUCAGCCGCACUCUAGAUCGGGAGACGGUCAAGGGAUGAAGGACACAGAAGUGAAUGAACCCACAUGUGAAUCUCAGUCAUCGGAGCAUCAGGAAUCUGAGAGCCUUGGGAAUUGUGAAACAGCAGGUGAUUCACAACAGAGUAAGCACAUGAUGUCGCAGGUAACGGAGGAAGGCACUUUGGAAACUACUCCUCUGUGGACUUCUACAACAGACACUCACAGGCCGUCUGUGCAGGGCCGUAGAAGACGUGGGCGGCCUCCAAAGAAAAAAAAGAUGCUGAUUGAGGUUAAAAUAGAGGAAGAUCCUCCUCGUCUGGAUACAGUUGAACCGAAGGAGGGUGACAGUGGUGCACCUUAUACAGAUAGCAUGGCUCCUGUGCCGUGCCCGUCAAACCAUAAUAGUGAAGAUGUUUCCGACCGUGUAGAAAAUUCUGAAAUUGUUGAUCCACCUCACAAUGAAAUAUCUGAUCCCCAGUGUGUCUCUGAUUGUAAACAAGAAGAUAGCACCUCUACGGCACAAAAAAGAAGAAGAGGAAGGCCGAAAAAAAGGUCAAUCAAUGCACCUAAACAGGCUGGAGCUGGUGAUGCUCUUUCUGAUAAAGACAGUGGACCUGCAAGGAGACUGAGGAGUAGAGGGGAUCACCCUUUGACCUCAGAUGGAAAGCUUUGUUUAGAUGUCAGCUUAGAUCUGAAGCAAAAUCAGAUGACUCCCACUGCACAAGCAUCAAGUAGAGAUAAAUCCAGCUGUCACGGUAUUAAACGACGCAGGACGAAGGCAGUUGAUCAGCAAAUUCCUGCUAAAGUGUCCAGACUUGCUGUCAGUCAGGAGGCUUCGUCAGUGCUGAGCAGUGACACAGGCUGUGCAGAGAGAGAAGUGACAGAGAAGGAGGGCAGUGCGAAUGCUUACAAACAGGAGGCUGGUGUUGAUGAAAAGGAAGGACAGCUUUGCCCCCAAUCCAGAGCAGGGCUGCAGCAGGACACAAAACUAAGGGAGGGAGCAUUGCCACAAAGGAGAUUACGUUCCAAGGUGAUAGCUGGGUCUGUUUCACCUGUUACUCCUUUACAGCACAGUCUUAACUUGGCAAGCCCCAGAGGCAGUGAUGAACCCAAAAUGGAGCAGUCAGUGGGCAUGAAUGGCAGUGAGGAGUCCCAGUCACAGUGCACUGUUGACAUUACAGAGCCCUGUAUCUCUGAGGUCAGAGCUUCUCGUGGACUCGGACAACCACCUAAAACCGUUGGGGCUCCCACUAAUAUUAAGGCAGAGGAUGUAGAGAUAGAGCUGGAUCAGUUCAAUUCCGUGUCAGAGUCAAAUAGUCAUACCUCUCUAGAGUACAACGCCAACACUACAGUGAAGUCUGAGUACCCAAACAGUCGUCGUAACACCACGUUUGGGCACAGAAGACGCAGGAGAAGAAGGAAUGCUUUACUACAGAAAGAGCAACCUACAGAGCCUAACGAGGAUCAGGAAGCCAGUGCUGAUGCUCAAGAAAGAGCUGAAUGUAAUGACUCAGAUAAUGAGGGUAACGCAAAUGGCAGCCCUACUAAACGAAGGGGAAAAUCUCUGUUGAAAUGUAAAGACUGCGGUCGCACAUUUAAAUUUUUGUCUCAAUACAUAAUCCAUCAGCGCAUUCACACAGGCGAAAGACCUUUCAAGUGCCAGGAAUGUGGCAAAGGUUUUACCAAGAAUUCCAACUUAAAUCUUCAUCUCAAGACACACAGGAGGAGCAAUGCAUAUCAAAAAUGCCCAUAUUGCAAGAUCAAAUUCUCUUGCUCGGAGUAUUCUUCUCAUAUGAAGAUGCACUCACAUAAGGUGGACCAAGAUUCUGAGAAGGACGAGUGUGAAAAUCAGAGCAUAGGCGACGACGACGGCAGCAAUGAACCUGUUCACACAUCAUUUUCCUCCGUAAAGAAACGUGGGAAACAAGUGUGCCAGUAUUGUGGGAAAACAUUCCCUUUUCGGUCCGCACUUAUUAGGCACGUGCGUGUACACACCGGCGAGAAGCCAUACAAGUGUGAUAUAUGUGGGAAAGCCUUUGGUCAGGCAUAUUUUCUCCGUGUUCAUGAGUUGACGCACUGGUCUGUGAAGCGUUACAACUGCACACGCUGUGAAAAAUCAUUCACUCAUUAUAGUAAUGCAAAAAAUCAUGCAUGCAGGUAUUUUAAGGACAGUGAAGAUACUGAGCCUCACCAGCAAGUUAGGCCAUCACUAUCUUAUACAUGCCACAUCUGCAAAAAUACUUUUUUUCACCUGCAGGAGUUCAACAGCCACAUGAAAGCUCACACUGGUGCAAAACUUUACCGUUGCUUAUUAUGUGACAAGCUCUUUGGCGUGCUAUCAGAAUUCAAUGCACAUCGCAGUUACUGCAGCCGAGCCAAAGGAGAAAGGGAUGAGCUUGGUUGUGUGAUAAGGAAUAAACCGACCGUUGCAUCACUAGAGUACACAGCACCACAAAAUUCACAUAGAAAUUCAUCUGGAUACAGUUCAGUCCCCCCUGGCACAGCUGUGAAUUGUGAAAUAAUAAAAAGGAGCAGUGACACAUCUUUACAGUCACAGCCCCAGCGCAAUCACACCUCUUUACCGUCUACACAGAUCCACCGCAAAAAACGCAUCACCAACUUGAAGAAACCUUUCCAGUCGACCAUCACGCCGUCUCAGAAUCUUUCCUAUCUCGUGUCAAAGUUGAACAAACUAGAUAACAGAUCGGACCCCAGGAAAUACUUAUGCCCGAACUGUGGACGACUAUUCAGACACAUGGGAAGACUCCGAGCGCACAUGCUCACUCACGCCCGUGGGCAGAGUUACACCUGUGGCUGCUGUGGCAAAACCCUCGAAAACUGGAAAAAGCUGUGGCAUCACCAGAGAAUCCAUAGGCAGAGGCGAGGCCGUUUUACGUGUCCUCAGUGUGGUCGAGGUUUUCGUUUUGUGGAGCCCUACAAGAGGCACAUGACUGAGCACCCGGAGUUCAAGUGGAUUCAGGAAAAGCCCAAGAAAGUGGCCCUGCCUUAUCAGUGUGAGCAGUGCAGCACCAGCUUUAAGACACUAGAUUUGCUGUUCAGUCACCAGCUUUGCCAUUCCUCAGCACCCGACAUACACAAGGACUUGGAUUACGAUUUAUCAAUAGAUGAUCACAGUGCACAUUCAAACAGGAAAAUGUUGAGCUCUCCCACAAACAAUCAUGUAAUGACAUUCCAGCCUCAACCUCAGCAUAACAACUUUUCUUCACCUCUGCAAAUGGAGAGUCCUCAUGAAAGUCCGUUGUUGAAAUAUCCACUCCCAGCUCCUCCAGAGCAACCGACACACGUGAUUUCCUUCGCCCAAAAUCAGAGUCCCGAUGCAUAUAAAGCUAACCAGCGGCCCAGGAGCACACAUCUGUACCAAGAUGGAGGAACCAGCCAUGGAAAACUAGAAGACAAAGAGACUGUAACUUUGAACACUGCAAAAAGAUUUGUGGCCUGUGACAGCACCAGAUCAAACGAGAGCGAGGGCUCUUCUGAAGGCAUGAAGUGCGCUGUGUGCGGUAAAUCAUACUCUACCAUUUCAGACCUUUAUCAGCAUUAUUUACAGCACGCUAGAGGACAGUUGUAAUGAGCUGUAUGGAGAGUGACUGUGCAUCUGUAAAUCUUUUUUUCACGACCUUAUUGUUUAUUACAAGGUUCCUACAGUCAUGGAAAACAAACAACAAAAAAGUCAUGUAACGUGAAAGUUUUUCUCAUGCUUGGAAGAGUUAUGGAAACUCGAAAGAUUUGGAAAUGUCCUUCAAAUUUGUCCCAAGUAAUUUGUUUAACCAUAGGUUUUUCUGAUUUUGAUUUCAUUACUUAAGAACACAAUGACCGAAAUAACAAAUUUGCUACGUGAUAUAUGCUAAAUUUCCAAAAUAUUAAGGGUCUUUACUUUUGACAUGAAAUACAUUGAUGUUAAUCCAAGUAAUGGGCAUUGAUCCUUAUUGAGUUUCUUUAAUAAAUCUAUACCCGUCACAAAGGAGCAGAUGUGGAUGUAGAGACAACUUGGAGGAUUUUUUUUUUUUUCAAGCUUUCAGGCAUGUGAUGUCGAUGAUGCAACUUGAUAUCAGGAAGGUUUGUAUAUUUUGACCGUUCAAUGUAUUUGUGCCUAACUAUAACGAAAACCUGGGCCAUUUAAAGUCGCCAUUUAACAUAAAAAAUAACGAUUUCAACAUAGAUGCCAACAAUUACUUGUUAAGAAAAAGGCUGUUUGAUUAGCAAAAAUUUCUAGAAAUCAUUUUAUUCUGAUAUGACCACCGAAACAUUUUGAUUCUUCACUAAGCCUUUGUUGUUGCCUUACGUUUUGUGGGGAUCUGUAUUUUAUAGCAUUUAUUUAAUUUAAUUUUUCUCCCCCCAAAGUUAUGAACCAUGUAAGUAAAGUAGUAGAUGUAUAUUUUUACAUUCUUCAAAAAUUGUCACCAUGUCUCUUAAUACAUCCAUUCACCUGGAUGAAUUUAAUAUCACAGUGCUUUUUGUCAAACCUACGUGCUCAAAAUGUCACACACGAAGUGCUACACUGCCCCAAAAAUUACACUGAAAUUAAAUUCUGAUUUGUUUUGUGGUCUGAUCUACAGCAGGGACUGGUUUUGUUAACUUUUUGCAUCUUUAAAGUGAAGAUAUCAAACCAUGUUGACUUCUGGCAUGUUGGAUUUUGUCAAGGUCAUGAUUUGUUUAAGGAUUUGUUCAUGCUUUUGACUGAACUGACAUGCAGUUAGUGGAAACAAACAUUCCUCAUGUGCAGUAUAUAAUUGCAUCCAUUUUGUUGUUGACUGCUUUCUAAAUGUCUACAUUUUCCUGCUUUGUUCAGGCUUGAUCAAAUCCAAACUUCAAGGGAAAAAAAAGAUUGAAUCAUAUUAUUUGAGAAGAUGUUUUCUUGAUGGACGCCCUGUUGUAUGUAUUUUUAUGCUCAAUUGGUCGGUCUUUGACUACAAUAAAGGUCACUUUUCUAUCACA